AGCAUUCACCAGGGAGCCAGCCAACUUUCUUUCUCCACUCAACUCUCUACCAACAACAACUAGUAGCCCUAUCCUCUGAAGAAACACCUAAUAAGCUGCUUUCCUUUCCAUCAAAUACAGAAGAACAGCUUCAGGAACAGAGUCCAAUCCAACAAUGGCAGACUUCUCCUCAUCCCACCACUCUCUCCUCCUCAAGAUGCCUGCGGCCUCCACCACUAUUGACCUCUCCUCCUCUGACGUCUCAAGCUUCUUGCUCCACAACCAAACCCAUGGCCAAGAAGGAGCUGCAAAUGCAAGUGCAGCCAUGGUGGAGGAUGGCUCACUGGAGAGCUCCUCUGCAGUUCUUGACACCUAUCCACAGGGCAGUGCAUCUGUGGGCAGGAAGAGAAAGGCCAGUACAGCUGAUGACAGCAGUGCCACACUUAGCUCUGCUCACUCCAAGGACUGCAAGGAUGGCAAGAGCAGGAGAGGGAAGAGGGAAAAGAGCAGCACUGAUCAGGAGGAGGCACCCAAGGGAUACAUCCAUGUGAGGGCAAGGAGAGGCCAAGCAACAGAUAGCCACAGCCUUGCAGAGAGGGUGAGGAGGGAGAGGAUCAGUGAGAGGAUGAGGCUGCUGCAAACACUGGUCCCUGGCUGUGACAAGGUGACUGGGAAGGCACUCAUUUUGGAUGAGAUCAUCAACUAUGUGCAGUCCCUGCAGAACCAAGUUGAGUUUCUUUCUAUGAGGAUUGCCUCCAUGAGCCCAGUGUUGUAUGGCUUUGGACUAGACAGUGAUGGCCUCCUUGACCAAACACAAAAGAUUGGAGGCAUGUUCCAGGAAGCCCUUGCAGUGCCUGGAGCUCCAGUGCUGAACCAAGAACAUAGCCCAGCUCCAUCCCAAGCCAUGAUGGAUACAACAUCUUACUCACUGCAAGGCCAGGGUGCCAUAUCCUUCUCUCAGUCUCAGGACAAUGGCAGUUACCUGAUGCAAUCAGUUGGGGAGCAAAGACAGGAGCUGCUUAAUCAAUUGGUGUUCAGCAACAUGUGCUCUUUCCAGUAGGGGAGGAGUGAAAGAGAAAGCAAGAAAAGGGACCCACAUUGACAAUAGGAGGAAAUAAUUAAUGCUGCAAGAUUGGUAGGAGCUAGCACCGGAUGAGUUUGAGAUGUUGGAUCUAGUGAUCCAUCCCCUUGUCUGGAUGCAGCAGUACAUCAACAGCAAGUAGAGUCUGCAUGCUAUGCUGCACAUUUUGCAGAGCCCUGUAACAUAAUAAGUAUAUCUGUAGCAAGCAGCACCUUAAUUAGGCAUUGUCUUAUAAUGUUUUCUUCACUGUCAUGCAUCGAUCACCAUAUAUUGUUAGUUGCCCACUUUUGAGCGACCAGCUGUUAAUACAAAAGAGAGCUCUUUCAGUGCACUGUUUUCGGUAAAGUGCCAGUGUUUCAGACUUAUUACAGUCCUCAAGAUCUGCAGAUCUUUACAAUGUAAUCAGAAUGAGGAUUCUUCUACUGUUCCAUAGUUCAAUAUUUGAAAAUAAAAAGAGAAAUGGCAUGCAGUUUGAGUGGA